AUCAAUAAGUAAGUGGCGGGGAACAGAGCAGUUGAACAGCAAGCCGAGGGAAGUGAGACACGAAAAGCCGUGUGCGCGGUGAAGCUCUGUUGAGGCCGUGCGUCAGUGCAUUUGUGUGUGAGUGAGGAAAAUUAUCGCCCACGUCCUUUGCGUCUCUCUGUCUCUGCUGUUUCUUAUUCUUUCGGUUCUCAUUUACCUUCGCUUAUAUCAUCCCUACUGCUGGUUGUCCCCCCCUUUCUUCCUUGGCGGGCAACUUCCGUCAGUGUACGACUGUUGUUUGUGGAAAGUCGGGCAGAAGGGAGCGUUUGGUUGGUUUAAUACAGAAAUGGCUACUGAAGACGUGUACUCGUGAAUUCAGAAACCAACUAUGAGACUUGAUGGUCACCUGAGGUUAACACUUCUUCGCAUUUGACUGUGUUAAUAUCAUCACUACCGCCAGUCAUAAAAGAAUGAUGAUGGACCGCUCAGAGCGACCACGCGAAUCAACGCUAUGAACCAGAACAGCGGGCAGAUGCUGUUUCAUCCAGGCUUUUUGAAACGCUGUUCCAACUCUCGUGGAUCUUGAUUACUUUAAUCGCCUUCGGCCUUUGUCCUGUAAGAACCGAGGAAGAGGCCACUGGUAAUGGAUACCACUUCAGGGGACUACGAGGCACCCAAAGAUCCCGGAGUCCAGCAGACACACUAUCAAACUUUUUCAGAAAAAGACUUUGAAGGUCACCGCGCUCACACGGUUUACGUGGGGGUACAUCUGCCCGGAAAUAAGAGGCGGCCUCACCAUCGACGACACAAACAUCACCACAAGAACGGGAUCAGUAAGGAUCCAAAUGCGUCCAGCACUGAAGACGACGACCGACCAAGACAAAUUCUAGUGCCCUGGCGUCGACGUAUGAGCGGCAUAACAGAUGAUGGUGAAAUAUUCACACCACCAGCCCAACGUGUACAGUUCAUACUUGGGGAAGAUGUGGAUGACGGAAUGCACGAGCCUCAUCCUCUCUUUGCCGAGAUGGGAGAGUUGGUACAUGAUGGAAAUGAAAUGGAGUGGAAGGAAACUGCCAGGUGGAUAAAGUUUGAAGAAGAUGUUGAAGAAGGUGGUAACAGGUGGUCGAAACCUCAUGUAGCAACUCUCACACUUCAUUCGUUGUUUGAACUCCGCAGCAUGUUACUGAAUGGCACUAUCAUGCUAGACAUGGAUGCAUCAUCUCUUGAACAAAUUGCGGAUCUUGUGCUGGAUAAUAUGGUCAAUGCAGAAUCUCUGCCUUUUGAUUGCAGAGAAAAGGUAAGGGAAGCGUUGUUACGUCGUCAUCGGCAUCAGCAUGAACGUCGCAAGGAGACUUCAACAUCUAAUAUGUCUCGACUACCUAUUAUACGAUCUUUAGCAGAAAUAGGACGAAAUCAUUCCUCAUCUAAAACAUUGCAGGACAGUAACAGGAGUCCACAAAUGGAACAGCACUCAGUUUGUCGCAGCACCAGCUGUCCCAGUUCUGAGACAGCCCAUUCUGAUGUGCAGAAUAACAAGGCCCCCUAUCUUACAGUUCCAGUGGAGGAAUCGUCCCCAUCAGCUCAAUCGACGACCACCAUCGCCAACUUGUCCAAGCCUACAGAGUUUGGCCGAUUUCUUUCUGUCCCUGGAGCUGGGUCAGCAAGUACGCCUAGUACCCAGGGAAUGGAACAGAGCCACAGUACAGCAUCUCUAAGUCGCAACUUAAGUAGUGGCUCAGCAUUAGGAGAAUUAAAUGGCGAGGGAAUCCACCCUAAGGGUAAUACUCAUUUUAUGAGAAAAAUCCCACCUGGUGCUGAAGCAUCCAACAUUUUGGUUGGAGAAGUUGAUUUUCUAGAGAAACCAUUAUCAGCAUUUAUUCGACUGAAUCAUGCAAAUUUCUUAGGAGAUUUAACAGAAGUUCCUGUUCCAACUCGGUUUCUCUUCAUUUUAUUGGGACCAGCAGGUGGACUGGCAAACUUUCAUGAAGUGGGACGUGCCAUGGCUACUCUUAUGUCAGAUGAGGUGUUCCACGACGUGGCGUACAAAGCUCGCAACCGUAAUCAUCUGCUGGCAGCAAUAGAUGAAUUCCUGGAUGCAGUAACAGUGCUUCCUCCAGGAGAAUGGGACCCCUCCAUAAGGAUCGAGCCUCCAGCUGCAGUCCCUUCUCAGGAUCAAAGAAAGAGACCACCUGAAAAACAAAAGGAUGAACCUGAUGAAGAGGAAGAUGAACAGAAGCUGAGGGAAGAGUCAGGACUGGAAAGAUCAGGAAGACUGUUUGGCGGUCUCAUUAAUGAUAUCAAGCGGAAAGUACCUUGGUACUGGUCAGAUUUUAAGGAUGCCCUGGCCAUGCAGUGUGUAGCUUCUUGGAUCUUCUUGUACUUCGCUUGCCUAUCACCCAUAAUUACAUUUGGCGGUCUCUUAGGCCAUGCGACGGGAAAUAACAUGGCUGCUAUGGAGUCCUUGGUGUCUGGUUUUGUGUGUGGUAUAGGCUAUGGUUUCUUCUCUGGGCAACCACUAACCAUCUUGGGAUCCACGGGUCCAGUUCUAGUGUUUGAGACCAUCAUGUAUGAAUUUUGCAAAUCAAAGGAAUGGGAUUACAUGUCAUUUCGUUUCUGGAUUGGAAUGUGGAUUGCACUAAUCCUCCUAAUCUUGGUUGCUAUAGAUGCAAGUGUCCUAGUGUGCUACAUCACACGGUUCACAGAAGAAAAUUUCGCAACUCUUAUAGCUUUCAUUUUCAUUUAUAAAGCUGUUGAGAAUGUACUCGAUAUUGGAAAGCAGUUUCCUAUCAAUACUCAUGGUGACGCAGUACUUAAUUAUGACUGUUUCUGCACAUAUACUAACAGGUCAUCUUAUCCUGAGAAUGUUAACUGGACAUAUUUAAACAAGGAAGAAUGUCUAUUGAAGAAUGGUACUAUGAUGGGUGCUGGUUGUGAUACUCCACAUUAUGUGCCUGAUGUAUUCCUGAUGUCUUUUGUUUUGUUUGUGGGAACAUUCAUAAUUUCAGUACAGUUGAAGGAUUUCAAAAAUGCAUUGUUCUUUCCAUCAAAGGUCCGGCAAUUUUUCAGUGACUUUGCUGUUAUCAUUGCAAUAUUGUCCAUGACAGGAUUGGACUUUUAUGCAGGAAUCAAGACACCUAAAUUACAGGUGCCAAAUGAAUUCAAGCCAACACUGGAGAAUAGAGGCUGGAUUAUUUCACCAUUCAACAAUAAUCCAAUAUGGACAGCUCUCCUUGCUUUCUUGCCUGCCCUUCUUGGGACUAUCCUUAUAUUCAUGGAUCAACAGAUUUCAGCGGUUAUAGUUAAUCGGAAGGAGAACAAACUCAAGAAAGGUUGUGGUUAUCAUCUGGACUUAUUUGUUCUUGCCAUACUUAUAAUUAUAUGCUCAGCUAUGGGCUUGCCUUGGUUUGUGGCUGCUACUGUUUUGUCAAUCAAUCAUGUCAAUUCGCUGAAGCUAGAAUCAGAAUGUGCAGCUCCUGGUGAGAAACCCCAGUUUUUGGGUGUCAGGGAACAACGUGUCACUCACAUCCUGAUCUUCUUGAUGAUUGGGCUGUCUGUAGUGCUAACUCCAGUGCUGGGUAAUAUCCCCAUGCCUGUCCUGUUUGGAGUAUUCCUGUAUAUGGGUGUGGCAUCUCUCAGGGGACUGCAGUUUGUCGAUCGUCUUCUCAUUAUAUUUAUGCCCGUUAAAUACCAGCCAGAUCACAUGUUCCUUCGACAGGUGCCCUUGAAACGUGUACACAUAUUCACAAUCAUCCAGCUGACUUGUCUGGUGAUUCUGUGGGUCAUCAAAUCUUUCAGCACAACCUCCAUUCUCUUCCCUCUUAUGUUGGUGGUGAUGAUUGGUAUUCGUAAAUUACUAGAUUUUGUAUUUACAAGGCGAGAACUCAAGAUUCUUGAUGAUGUCAUGCCUGAAACAACCAAACGGACUGAAGAGGAGAGAAGACAGCUGGCGGGAGAGGAAGGUAAGGCUGAUAUUGAUCCAACUGGAAAUCUGCAAAUUCCUCUUGCUAAUGGCAAUAUUAUUAAAAUUCCUCUUGCUUCAAUCAAUAUCUCUGAAGAGGUUAACAAAACUGGUAUAUGGAAACAAGUAAAUGAAGGUGGCUCUGCUUACAAAGAUGACAAGAAGAAAAAGAGUCCUAACAAGAACAGCUCAAAGUCCAAAAAGCGAGGAAACAAAAAGGAUGCUGUAAGUGAUGAUGAAAAGACGAGGCUUUCCACAAUGGCAGAAGAGGAAGAAGAAGAAGGAUUGACAAUAAAGAUUGAUUCAUGUCUUGCCAUUAAUUAUGGAAGGGGAAACGUCAAAGCAAAUGGUUUGAAUGCAGCUGAGACUUCAGUAUAAAUUUUUAUAGAUUAAACCAUUUGUGCAUUUGUAAAAAGUUGUAAAAAAAGUCCCACGUAACUACAAUGUUAUGUUAGUAAAUGCAUUGUCAAGUAAACAUGAUGACAACCUGUGUUCAUUUUUAAUGUUUUGUGGGAGAUCUUUGUCAUGUUGAUAUGUACAAGUAGCCUAACAUUUGUUGCUUUGGUACCAAACUCAGACAUCUAGUGAUUCCCUUCACGAAGAUAAUAAUAAUAAUAAUAGUAGUAAUAAUAAUAAUAUACGGUGCAGAUUAUCUUUAGCAAGAGUUAUACUUAAAAUUGGAUUCUGCUUCUGUGUAGAGUGGGAAUGAUUUUAAUCAACAGUUGUAUGCUAUAAUCAUUUGUUUUAUGUAUCUGCUGUAAUGUAAUUUGUCAGUCAUGAUGUCACUAAAGUACAUGAUUAUAUUUAUGUGUUCUUGGGCUUAAUUUUCUUCAUACUGGUAUAAAGAAAAAUGGGGGAACUUUCUUCCAUUUAUACUACUGUCUAAUACUUAUAUGUUUAAUGCUAAUUUAAUUAGUCUAGCGAAACAAUACAAAACUUUUGUCAUUGUGCAAUUUAAUAUUAUAGAGAUUUGCAUUAGAACUUGGUUGUAAUGCCCACAUUAAUGGGAGAACUGUUAUUAAUGAUAUGUGUAAGUUUGCCGAUGUUUUGAGAAUGAUAAUUAUGCAGUUAUAUUUUACUUUCAUGAUAAAAUACUCUAGCUGCUCUUUGAAGAUAUUGAAAUUUAUACUAAUAUGAUAUGUAUAUAUUAUUUAAAUUAUUUAACAAAUAGAAAACAUUUUUAUCAUUAUUAGUAGCACUUCAGUUGUUUAUGAUAAUACAUGAUAUUCACCCAUUAUCAUCUUAUAAUUCAGAGUGAGUGAAGGUAUACGUACCAUGGCGGUGGUGAUCAUCGGUCUUUGUGUUUGAAACUUGAACGUUUAGUUUGAAUUUUGUAUUUCUGAGAUGUCAUUUUCUUUUCUUACAUUGAAAUGCAGCUCUUUUUUUUUUUUUUUUGCCUGUAACCUGGUAUAUGCAUUUUUUGUAUAUUAGUAUUGUGAUAUGAAAGUUAAUGAAUGUCAGCAUUAUAACCAAGUUCUAAUGUAUUCAUUUGCAGUAUGUGCCAAUGUGAUAGAAUAGAUGGCAAAUUGUUACUCCAUUCAUCAUCAGUGUUAAAUACUAAUAUCAGCAUACGGUGAAUAUAUUCUUGAUUAAGUACACGCCCCAUCAACACACAUAUCCUCCGUUGUACUAAUUUUAUCCAUAGAUUUUCUUUUAUUUCAUGGCACAGUUCAUCUCUUUCGCGUAAAAGCUAUGUCUUUGCUUCCAGCUUAUGUUCGGAGACAUCGUUUGGCUCUUUGAAUGUUUCUCAUAAAAGGUUCUGAUAACAAUUACUGGUACAUUCCCCAUUGAAGUAGGAAUCAAUACAUUAACUGAAACUUAAUGUGUAAGAAGUAACUCAUGAUUAUCAUCAUUAUGCUACUAUUAUUUAUUUUAAAUUUAAAAUUGUGAUAUAGAAAAGUCUACUGAUCUACUCCCAUCCAAAUUUUUUUUUAACUAGGUAAAAUGAAAUUGUCAGGAUAAUUUUUAAAAUUAUUAGGAACAUCUGUAUAACUUAGCAUAUAUUUUAUAGUAUCUAGGAAUUUCAGGAAUGUGUCAGUAAUGUUCCGUAGUUAGACAUAAAUGUUUUCUUCCUUGCUUUAAAGUAAUUGCCAUAUUAUUAAUUUCUUAAUUUGUUAUUAAUGCCAGCUACAUGAGUUCCUUUCAUUUACUUUACAAACCAACAAAUCUAAAUUAAGAGGGAUCUUUUUAAAAGUAAUUAUCAUAGUAAUAGGAGGCAAUACCAAAUUAUUUUAAUAUUCCUUAAUUACAAAAUUCAGAUUUACUAGAGGUUAACAGGUGUUUUAUUCAAAAGUUUUGUGAUUUGUAUAGAUUAAAAUUUACAAAUUUUAGAAUUUGGAAUGAAGUUUAAAUUUUGGUAAGAUUUAGUAAUAAUUCUAUGUAUUUUAUAUAAGGAAUUUUCUUAAAACUGUUUUAAUAUGACAGACUGAGGCAUGAACAAAUUGGUCCAGCCUCCUGCCUUCUCCCAAGGUUGUCAGUGACAAAGAUGAUCAUUUGUCAUUUUGCAGGAUUAUCCAGCAAUGUAAUUACACAACGUCUUAGUUUUAUUAUCCAGCUACAGAAUGUUGUAUCUGGAAGCAGCCCUGUUUUAUCAGGAAACGUGAAGGAUGAAGAUGGAAUUUUGUUUAAGAUUGAAUGGUAAAUUAUUCCAGCCAUUCUGAAGUAACAUGUAGACACUCCCUUGGUGGCAAAGAGUUUAAAGUUGUGCCACUAAUUGUAAUGAGGAGUAUAUGUUUAGGUAAAAAACAUUUUCAGAGAUUACGUAAUUGAAGCUGGCAAAUGAGGCAUUUUGUACAGUCAGUGGCAUGGAGAUUAUACUGUAACAACUGUAAUGUGCCUGUUCAUGAAACUAAAUAUUUCAACAAACAUUAACCACUUCCGUAUUGGUGGUAAUCUGCUGUCAUGCAACCACGUAUCAUGAAAAAUGUAGAAAGAUGGGCAGAACUCUUAAAUUCAAGAAUGGGUAAUUUGUGCAUUUUUUCUCACUUUUAUAAAAUUUGAAGUCUAGACAGAAGAACUGAUCCUACCUGUGCAUAAAUUGCUAUAUUUUAUAUGCAUGGAUAUUGAAUUGAAAUGCUCAUAUUUAAUUUGAUACAUUUGAAGUUUUGCUGUAGUCUUAGCUCACAACUUAAUUAUAAAAGUUUCAGGCACGUGUAAUUAUUUGAGAACACACAUGCAGACCUGAAAAUUAGCAUCGGAAACAAAUAGAAUAAUACAAAGCUUCAGUCCUUAAGAAACCCUAAGAUUUGUUUUAAUUUGAACACAAAUUAGUAGAUAAUCGGAAUAUCUUGGCAGAACUUAUAAGCAUUUUUUGUCUUGUUUUUAAAUUUCAGGAACACGUUUGAAAUUCACUUUAUAUGUACUUCAGUAUUUGACUGCAUGGAAAACAUUUUGUUAUGUGUUUGAAAUGUUAAAUUGAUACACUGGUUACAUGUUUCAUGUAGCAAUAACAUGUAAUUUUAAGCCUUUUACAAUAAAAUAUAAAUAUUGUAACGUUUUCAAAAUGCAUGUUCUCAUUUUGAAUUACGUGAUCUGGUGGCAGAGGAGGGAAAGAUGGUUUCAUGUCCUAACUUGUAUAGAUAUCUAACAACUGGAAUAAAAGAGUAGCCAAGGCA